GAUAUUACGGCUGAGAAAGAAAGCUCUGUUUAAAUGCCCCUCUGUCUCUUUAAACGGAAGACACGUGGUUGCUCCAAACAUCCGGUAUCCGCGACUACAAUUCUUACUUUCAUGUGUAAAUUUUCUAGAACGCAGCUCGCGCCGCUUCAAAGGGUAUGUAAAUGUAAACAGUUGCUUUGGGUCGUCGCGUGGCGGGAGACUGGACGCUUCGAAAUGUUUUGUCUGAACCAAACUGAAAACACAGACCUGCGUUUAGCCCACUAGCGCAGCUCACAACGCCGAGGACAGCAAACAAGAUGGAGGAGUCCAGAUUAGUCUCAAACAAAGAGGCACUUUCAGCUGAAAUACUGGAACCGUCCGAGGAAACAAAAUACCAGGACUUUUGUCAACAGUUUGGAUUCAUUCGCAGAGUAAAAGGAGAUGGAAAUUGUUUUUACAGAGCUCUGUGCUUCAGACUUGUAGAAACAUUGAUGCAUAAUGGAAGUUCUGUAAGGAGAAUUAAGGAUCAACUCAUACGAAGCAAUGAAGACCUCGUAAGAGCAGGGGUAGAAGAAGGUGAAUUUAAAGAGCUCAUCGGCACAUUUCUCAGGGUCCUAGAUCAGCUUGAAGCAGAUGACUGUGAAGAGACUCUUCUGGGGUUUUUCAAUGAUCACACUACCUCAGACAGCAUGGUGAAGUAUUUGAGACUCCUCACCUCCGCACACUUGCAGAACCAUGCAGAUUUCUUCCAACACUUUUUGGAAGCCCCUAACCUUAAAGCUUAUUGUACUCAGGAAGUAGAAGCCAUGGCGAUGGAGUGUGACCAUGUGGAAAUUCUGGCUUUGUCUGAGGCACUGGACAUUAGUUUGUGUAUCAUAUCUAUGGACAGCAGUGAUGGCCACCUUGUGUACCACACCAUUCCAGAGGGGUCUGAAUGUUCCAUAUACCUUCUCUACAAGACCUCUCACUAUGACAUUCUCUAUAAGCAUAGAGAGCACUGAAAAUAGGGCUUGGACCACCACCACUUCGGUAAAAAAAAUAAAUAAAUUAGAUACACAAAACAGUUUUCAAAACAGUAGGAAAAUUGUUUGCUUAAUGGCAUUUUCUAUACACAGGACAAAAACUUUCUUUGACAUUUUUACACAAAUCCCAUAUAUCCAAUUCUGUUUAAUAUUCCAAAUGUUACAGUUUACGCUUUUGCUGCUGUUUUUGUUUACGCUGUUGAUUGGUCAAACUGCUUAAUGCUGUUUCACUGGCCAGGGGUAACUCUGGCAGCUGCAGCCUGCCCAUCUGAGUCGGGUAUUUUGUCUGCAUGUGGGGUUUGAAGACUGGUUGGCUGAGCAGGUGCUUCAGGUGUUUCUUCAUGCCUUUCACUAGCUUCUGUUGGUCCCGGUCCUCUCUCUCAUCUCUUCCACCUCCUGUAAGUGAAAUAAUGAAUUAACUUACUUCUUGAAAAUAAUUAUAGAAGCUCAUGCAUAUGCCAUCUUAUUUAACCUGACAACAUAGAAUGUUCUGGGGACCCAUGCUCAUGCAUGAAUUUACCCUACUUUUAAAACACUUUUACUUUUAAAUUAAGAACAUAAGAUUCUUUUAUGUAGCUAACAGAUUUUCUCAAGAAAAAAAAUAUACAUAGUGUGGUGUUCCUGGAACAAGAAUAAUAAAAAUAAAUAAUAAUAAUAAUAAUAAUAAUAAUGAGUAAUACAAACCCAUAAGCAAAUCAUCAUCUACGUCUAUAUCCAUUUCCUCUGCUGCUUGCCUCAACCAUGAAUUGUGCUGCUUUGCUCGGCUGUUGUGGUAUUCAAUUUUCUCAAUGCCCCUGGCUACGUUAACCCGUUCCUGUUAAAUUAAUCAAUCACAUCAAAUUAAUGCGGAGAGAAAAAAAAACACAUUUCAAUGGGUCAGUUUCUCUGACAGGAAUUACACCUAAUUGUGGAGUAUAUUUUCCUUUCAGUAGAAAACCUACAUUCAAAAUACUGGGUAGUCUAAGGACCAAUCACGUUUCUUUCCUUCCCUUUCCCCUUGAAACAGAAUUAAGCCCUUUUCUUGUUGCUUGUGCCACCAUCUUGCAAGUGCUUCUCAACCCUCUGUUUUCAGUGUGCCUAAAAAAACUGUUUUAAGGGCUAUUUGCCUCUAACACUGCCCCUUUAGCCUAAGGCGUGAAAUAGGAUUUGGCCUUAAACUAGGCUUAAUCACACUCUGAGAAACUGCCCACAAUGCAUAAUUUACAGAAAUACAAAUUUCCCAUACCUUAAUUGCAGCCAUGCAUUUGUUCUGAAUAGGAAACACUGGAAGAUCCUCGUCUUUCCCCAGAGUCUUGUAGAUCUUCUUAAAGUUGAUCAUAUCAUCUGGCCCAAUCAGAAGCAAACUGAGACCCUCUUUAGCAGCACGAGCUGUACGUCCACUACGAUGGACGUAAGUCUCAGAUGUCCGUGGAACCUAUUUAUAACAAAAACAAACCUAUAAAGUAAUCUAUUCAUUUAAAUAACAAAACAUAUAUGGCUGUGUUCACAUUACCAGGCUGAAGUGAUUUAAAUCUGACCUUUUGCCUUAAUGUGAAACAGGUAAGAUUUUUUUUUCAAGGCUGAUUGGACAUGCCAAAUACAAAACAUAAAAAAUCAGAUUUGAUACACAUCUGCGUUGUAACAUCUGCAUGCAACACAACUUUAAAGAGUCAGAUCCAAAUUCAUGGGACUCCAAACUUGUGGUCAAAUUAUUGUUUCAAAAAACAUUUAAAAAUCACUAACAAAAUCUGAUACCCUCAUAUAAUUUGCAGCAUUUGGCUCUUUAAUGUGCAAAAAAAAAUUGUUAUAUUGUUCUGGCUACAGCACAUCAAGGGUGCUGUAAUAAGGGAACUUAUUUGUAAACCUGAUGACCUGCUGUGUGUUUUAUGAACUCCUAUUCAUAUUUGAACCAGUGACUAUUAAUCUAAUUUAUAAUGCCUCUACAAAGACAACGUACAUAAAUAAUAUGUGCAUGCGUGCUGUUUUAGGGAUAAAUUCUAUACAUUUAUUAAUGUAGACCACAACAAUAGACAAAUAUAAUCUGAGCAAAAAAUCUGAUUUGAUUAGCGACUGGUAAUGUGAACAACAUCUGUGAAAAAAUAAUACCUGAUAGUGAAGGACAUGCUGAACAUCUGGAAUGUCAAGCCCUCGAGCAGCAACAUCCGUGGUAAGGAGGACACAACUGGUGAAAGAUCAGAAAGCACAGCUGAAAAGCAAAUAUUUAAAUGGGACAGUACAAUGUGAUAUACAUACAACUGCUUACGCUUCCUUUACCUCUCCCUCUCUGCAAAUCUCUCCAGAUUUUUCAGCCUCUGUUUCUGGUGCAUGUUGGCAUGCAGUGGUAGUGGGUUGCAGUCCAAAAUAGUCAACAGCGACGUAAGCCUCUUUAUGCAGUCAAUGCUGUUGGCAAACACCAUUGUGCGGCCAGGGUACUGCAGAAGAAAGUAGUAGAGAUAGAAAUCUUUCUCUUCCUUCUCACAGUGGAUUUUGGUCUCAGUCAGCGUCUCUACUGUGGCCUCCUUGCGGCUGAGAUCGAUGAUUUUAGGCUUGUUUUUGAUUCCCACUUUUUCCAUGAGGAGCUCCAGCUUGCUGCGCUGCUCCAGCUGUUUUCCUUUCUUCCGUGCCAGGCGGGAAGGUAAACUGUGGACCAUAGUCAGCGUGGCGGAGAACACAAAGGUCUGCCUCUUUGGGUUGAACUGGGAUGUGCUGAGCAUUUCCAGCAAUUUCUCAAGCUCAGCAAAAUGGCCUUUCUCCACCAUGCGGUCAGCUUCAUCAAUGACCAGACACCUGAGCAAGUCAACAGGGACCAUGUUAGGGAUCAAUAUCAACAUAAUGUGCCUUUUGUGUCCAUAGAACAUGUUUUUCAUUUCAUACAAACAUGUAACAAGAUGGGUCAAGAUUUAUUAUGUAUGAACAAAUUAGUAUUAAUAAAAAAUAAUGUAAUUUUAUUUCUUUGAUGUGGGGGUGGUUUUAAGUUUGUCGUCUUGUCAGUGUGUUGCAGUGCUGGUUAUGUUGAAUGAUUUAUUUAAAAUUCUCUUUUUAUUCUUUUUUUGUAAUUUUCAUAAAAAAUAAUCAAGGUAUUUAAACUUGUUACAGAGGUCUCUGUCCAUCAUGUCUUCCAGGGAACACCCUGCCCCUUUAAUAAAGUAAACUUUGUCAUCAGUAACAUCACAAA